CUAUGACUGCGACGGCUUGUUGAUCGUUUCAACUUUCGAUUUUGGGAGGGGAGGAGGGAGAGGUAGAGGAAGAGGAAGGGGAGGACGACUUGGAGCUCCGACGACGGCCGGCUGGUUCAUCGUUUUGUUGGCGGCCUUUAGGCGCCAUCGCUCUCUCUCUCGCCGCCCUUCCCCUCUCUCUCUAGCUCUCUCUUUCUCUCCCAGGUGUGCCGUGUCGUUCGAGCAGAGUUGGAUGUUCGCAGAUGGGUUCCAUCCCAAAGACUGUCUAUUACUGCUGUGUUUCAAAAGGAACGAAAGUGCUUGCUGCAUAUAGCCUGGGAGAUCCACAAAUUGAAAGAUGGGCGGCACUGUGCUUGGAGAAUGCACCCCCAUUUCAUGCUUGCUACUUCCAGACGGUACUGAACAGGAUCUUCGCUUUUGUCAUGGAAGAUGAACAUAUUUAUUUUGCAAUUGCUGAUGAAGGCCUAGGAAAAUCAGGUGUGAAGGAAUUCAUGGAGCAUGUUAGGGAUAAUUACAAGAAAGUAUUGAAGAAUGGUGCAAAGGGUAGUUUGCGCUUAACAUCUUUCUGCAUCCGUGAAGAAUUAGCGCCUGUUCUCCGCCGCCUCAUUUCUUCGCUGGAGACUGUCCAGAGAGUGAAUCACGACCGUUUGAAGGAUCCCUUUUUAAAUGAAUGCACUCGUGCACAUUCUGACGGUCUCUUUUAUGAUGGCCACAUGAACGGUUUAGAUGGCAAAACCAAUUCACAGACGUCCACGGAGGCACCAUUACUUGGAAAAGCCUGCAAGUACGAGAAGCUUUCAAAAGAGUUUGAAGAAGUGAGGGAAGAAAGGGAAGAGGCUCGAGACAAAGCAGUAGACAGAGGGCACAGGAUAGAUGUGGCUGAUGCUAACAAGAAUGGAAAUGGUUCAUCAGCUUUUUCUUUACAGCAGAACGCAAACUCGAGAGUUAGAACAGAGCAACUUGCUCGAAGAAUGUUUUGGCGCCAUGUUCGACUAGUUUUGCUCCUAGACCUGUUGGUUUGCACGAUUCUGUUUGGAGUUUGGCUUGUCGUAUGCAAGGGAUUUACCUGUCUACGGUGACGGAAGCGGAGUUAGAAGGACGUUCGUGAAAAAUCUUCAUGUGCAAAUGAACCUCAUUUCAAUGGCGCCUAGCUGUCUACUUCGGCGGAGAUUUUGUCUUGUAAAUAUUUCUCAGAUGGAUUCUUAGUAGAAUUCUAGGUACAAUCAUCAGUUCGAAUUCAGCGAGUUACAUAAUUUUCCUCGCCAUUUCCUGUAGCAGUUUGCCGGGAGUUGCAUAUCACUCGCUUGCGGAGAAGAGAUGAUCCACAGAAACUCAAGAUGUGGAACAAACUAAAGGUAAAUACAAUUGCUCAGAGGCUUGUGGCUUACGUCAUCGUUCUAGAGAUCCUGGCACUUUUUCAUGGCUGGUGUCGUGUGAAAAGUAAUUGUCAGCAAAUACGUCUACAUGGCCUUAAGUUUCAUUUCAUCAUUCUUCUUUGCCACCAUCAAACUACAUGCACGGCCUUUUUUACUGAACAGGAGACGAAAAUUCCCAGUUUUAUGGCUUUACUCAAACUAUUUGUUUUACCUUAGACUUGAAGAUAUAUCAUGAAUGAGCCAAGGUGACGAAGUUGGCCUCCAUUCCUGUGCUGAAUUGGCUCCCGCGAGGAGAACAUUGAGUUUGUAGUGUAGGCAGAGAAGCAUGACCUUAGUUCCUCAUUCUGUGAUUGUUGGAUGCAGGACCACACCUCUGAAUCUGUUACCAUUAAAGAGUUUUUACUUUUACAACAAUCAAUUGAAGAAUCAUUAAGUUUGUUUUU